AUGGAAGAAGUUAUAUAUUUUAAAAACUUUAUAAAUGGUGAAUAUGUUGAACCAAUUGACCAUAAAUAUAUGAGCAACUAUGAUCCAUCAGUUGGUAAAAUCUAUAGUAAUGUCCCUGAUUCAAAUGAGAAAGAUAUAAAUGAAGCAGUAAAAGCAGCAAAAGAAGCAUUCCCAAUAUGGAGUUCAAAAUCAGCUCAAGAAAGAUCUGAUAUGUUAUAUAAAAUUGCAAAUGAAAUAGAGAGAAGACUUAAAGAAUUUGCAGAGUUAGAGAGUAGAGAUCAAGGUAAAACCAUUACAACAGCAACAACAAUUGAAAUUCCAAGAUCAAUUUAUAAUUUUAGAUUCUUUGCAGGUGCAAUCUUACAUCAUCAAAAUGAAUCUACUGUUGGUCCAUUACCAAAUGUUUUAAAUUAUACAUUAAGAAGUCCAGUAGGUGUUUGUGGUUUAAUUUCGCCAUGGAAUUUACCAUUAUAUUUAUUAACAUGGAAGAUUGCACCAGCAAUUGCAACUGGUAAUACAUGUGUUUGUAAACCAUCAGAAAUGACACCAGCAACUGCUCAUUUAUUAGGUGAAGUGUUUAACACUGUUGGUUUACCACGUGGUGUUGUUAAUAUUGUUUUUGGUAAUGGUCCAAAUGCUGGUAGUCCUUUGGUUAGACAUUCAGAUGUACCUUUAAUCUCUUUCACUGGUGGUACAAAAACUGGUGAAAUCAUUCAACAACAAGCAUCACCAUUAAAUAAAAAAUUAAGUUUAGAAUUAGGUGGAAAGAAUCCAGGUAUAAUUUUUGAUGAUUGUAAAUUUGAAGAAUGUGUAGAGACAUCAGUAAGAUCAUCAUUUUCAAAUCAAGGUGAAAUUUGUUUAUGUACAUCUAGAUUAUAUGUUCAAGAAGGUAUCUUUGAUAAAUUUGUAGAACAAUUUGUAGAAAAGACUAAAAAGAUUGUUGUUGGUGAUCCAAAAUCUGAAAAGAGUGGAAUGGGAGCAUUAAUUAGUGAAGAUCAUUUGAAAAAGAUUGAAUACUACGUUCAAUUGGCAAAAGAUGAAGGCGGUACAAUUUUAUGUGGUGGUAAGAGACCAGAGUUAUCCGCUAUUUUCGGUGGUAAUGAAAAUGAAAAUUUAAAGAAUGGUUAUUUCUAUGAACCAACUGUUAUCAUUGGUUUAAAUCCAUUAACUAGUAGAGUGUUAAAAGAGGAAAUAUUCGGUCCUGUCAUUACCAUCACUUCUUUCUCAACUGAACAACAAGUUAUUCAAUAUGCAAAUGAUGUUGAAUAUGGUUUAGCCUCUUCAUUAUGGAGUCAAAAUGUUGAUCGUUGUCAUCGUGUAGCUUCAAAGAUUGAUUGUGGUAUUUGUUGGGUUAAUUGUUGGUUAAUUCGUGAUUUACGUACUCCAUUUGGUGGCGUUAAAAGAUCCGGUAUUGGUCGUGAAGGUGGUGAUCAUUCAAUUGAUUUCUUUACUGAACAAAAAAAUAUUUGUAUUAAAAUUGGAAAUUAA